AUGUUAGAGUCGCUUGUCGCCAAUAUUCUCAACAAAGCCCUUGGGGCGUAUGUUGAGAACUUUGACCCCAAGCAAUUAAAUAUAGGCAUUUGGAGCGGAGACGUGAAGCUCAAGAACCUGAAGCUGAAGCAGGAGUCGUUGGAGAAGUUCCAAUUGCCUGUGGACGUGCGGUUUGGCCACAUCGGCGAGCUGACGCUGCAAAUUCCGUGGUCCAAUCUCAAGAGCAAGCCUGUCAAGGUGCUGAUAGAGGAUGUGUUUCUGCUGUCGUCGCCGCGAAUCCUGACCGAGUUUGAUCCGGAGGAGGAGGCUGCGCGCGAGCUGCGGAUUAAAAAGGAGAAGCUCGAAGCUCUAGAGAUGGUGAACAAGAGCACGCCUUACUCUGCGAAUUUGUCGGAAGACGAGCAGGCGAAAAACGAGAGUUUUACAGAGAGCCUGGUGACAAAGAUCGUGGACAACUUGCAGGUGACAAUCAAGAAUAUUCACUUUCGGUAUGAAGACGACCACACGUUCACGGAGAAUCCGUACACUCUUGGCUUUACUCUGGAAGAGCUGUCUGCGGUUUCUGCAGACGAAGACUGGGUUCCUGGGUUCAAUGCCGGAAUCACCAAGUUGGCGCGCAAGCUGCUUACUCUUGGCAGCUUGAGUGUGUACUGGGACACCGAGAACGAGACCACUCAGCUGACUGAGCACGGCGAGCUAAUACAUUUUUUCAGAGACGUGAUCGAGCGCAACUCGCAGGUCAACAAGGACACACAGUAUAUUUUGAAGCCUGUUUCCGGAUACGGCCAUUUGACUGUCAACAAGCAGGGUGCCACGGAGUCGUCGCCGCAUUACACGGGCAAGUUCUUCUUUGAGGAGUUUGGACUCGAUCUGGAUAGCCAUCAGUACAGAGAUAUUUUGUGGACCACCUCGCAUCUGAACUGGUACUUGAAAACACAAAAAUUCCGCAAGUUUCGGCCGCAAUUGUCAGUGGAGGAGGACCCGAAGGAGUGGCUGCGGUACGCUUUCAACUGUGUUUACAGCGAGAUCCACGAAAGAAACUACAAAUGGACGUGGGAGUACUUCAAGAAGAGACGCGAUCAGAGAAAGGCGUACAUCAAGUUGUGGAAGGCGCAUCUGGGCAACGGGAUGACGCCAGCACAACAAACUGAGCUGGAUGAGCUGGAAAAAGCGCUUCAGUACGAAGACAUCAAGUUCUACAGGUCGCUGGCCCGAAUGGAGUUCCGCAAGGAGAACGAGACCAUGUCGGUGAUCCAGCCGGUUGCACAAAAGGCGCAGCAGGGGUGGUUUUCGUGGUGGGGCGGCGGCGGAACGGCCGAAAACGACAAGCAGGACUCUGAGCUGACGUUGUCGGACGAACAGCGAAAGGAGCUUUAUGAGGCCAUAGAGUUUGACGAGAAAAGGAAAGCCGCCGACUUGAUUGACAUGCCGCGCGACCGUGUGCUGGCAGCCGUCAGCUGCAACCUCCAAAAAGGCUCUUUUGCGAUCCGCAACGCCAAGGGCGAGGCGAACCUGGCGGAGAUCGUGUUUGAAGGCUGCGACGCGGAUUUCUUCCAGCGCAAGGACUCGUUCUACGCGGGCUUCAAGCUGAACGAGUUCCGUGUCGAGGACGGCUCGGACAACACCCUGUACAAGCACAUUGUGAGCGUGAAGCCGCUCAAGUGUGCCGUGGAGGAUUCCGGGCUGCUGUCGCAGGACGACAUGAAGGAGCCGUUUUUCCAGGUCUCGUUCGAGAACAACCCGCUGGACGAGUCUGCGGACUCGGCUUUGCUGGCCAAGAUGAACAGCAUGACGAUUUUCCACAACCCUAAGUUCAUCGAGUCGAUUGUGCGUUUCUUCACGCCGCCAAAGGUGCACCUAGACACGAUCGGGCUGCUGAUGAACGCGGCCGAGUCGACGAUCCAGGAUUUCACGAAACAGACGCGGAUCGGGCUGCAGUACGCGUUUGAAGAGCACAAGACCAUGAACUGCAAGAUGGACCUCCAGGCCCCGCUGAUCAUCGUGCCUGUGAACCCAGGCAGCUGGUCGUCGCCGGUGGCCGUUCUGGACGCGGGACACAUCAGCAUAGUCAGCGAUCUCGUGAGCAAGGACCAGAUCAACCAAAUCAAGGCAGAAAACAAGGACAGCUACACGGAGGCCGACUGGGAGAAGAUGAACUCGUUUCUGUACGACAAGUUUAAUCUGAUGCUGCAGGACGCGCAGAUUCUGAUUGGCUCCAACAUCAAGUCGACGAUCGAGCAGCUGCACCAGAACGGCAACAAGCCGGCCCUGAUUCUGGAAGAGUUCAGCAUGAAGUUUCUCGUGGAGCUGUCGAUUAUUCCGAGCUACUACAACCUGCCGCGCAUCCGUGUUGGGGGCGACGUGCCGCAGUUCCGGGCGAUGCUGAGCGACUUCCAGUACAAGGUCUUCAUGGAGCUCAUCGACACGGCGAUCCCAAACUGCGGUCUAGAGCCGGAGUCUGGCGACGACGAGCCCGCUGACAGGUUCAAGUCGCUAUUGGCAGAGCCGACGGCAGGCAGUCCUCUGGAGGAGCUGGACCACGACUCGAACUCUGCAGAGUCUGUGUCAAACGCGCAGUCGGCCAACGAGCUGGCCAGCCGCCAGCACCAGAUCGAGUUCAACUUCAACAUGGACCUGAUCUAUCUGUCGCUGAACCGGUGCUCGAACAGCGAGACGCUGGAGUCCGAGCGGCUGGUGGACCUCGUGGGCGAGAAGCUGCGGCUGCAGUUCUUCAAGACGGUCCAGGACAUGCACGUGCACGUGUGGCUCGAGGACAUGACGGUCGAGGACCACAUCGAGCACUCGGAGUCGGACGAGUUCAAGGCGCUGGUGUCGUCGAAGCUCAACAAGGACGCGCAGAACAAGGACAACCUGUUUGAGGUGCACUACUCGCGCACGCAGCGUCUGGUUGCGUUCAAGGGCGAGAUGAUCGAGGUGUUCGACCAGAAAGUCGAUCUGAACAUUGCCGAUUUCAAGGUGGUGGUGACGCGGAAGUCGAUUUUGACUCUGCUGAACUUUGCGCUCAACACGUUCACGAAUCCCGACGCGCCCGAGCUGCCGGCCGACAAACUGCGGCACAACAACGAGAACGAGGUGGCGACGGCGCCGCAGCACAUCGACGUCCAGAUCGCGCUGCAGAGCAUCAUUCUCGUGCUCAACGACGACGGCAUCAAGCUGGCCACCAUGACGCUGCAGCACGCCGACAUCGGGUGUUUCCUGCUGCCGGAGAAGAUGAAGAUCAGUGCCAAGAUCGGCGGUCUGUCGCUGUUUGACGAGGUCAACGAGGGCGCCGCGGCCGAGUCGCCGUUGCGGCAGCUGAUCACGAUCCGCGGCGACGAGCUCGCCGAGCUGUACUACGAGACUUUCGACGCGGCCACCAACACACAGCCGUACAACUCCAAGGUGUCGCUCAAGACGGGGUCUGUGGUGGUGAUGUUUGUGGAGGAGCCGUUCACCAAGAUCUUCACGUACCUGAACCAGUUCCAGAAGAUGAAGUAUAUCUACGACCGUGCGCGCGAGACGGCGCUGAACCAGGCCAACAGCAUUGAGGGAGCGAGCCUGAUGAAGUUCGACGUCUUGGUGCGCGCGCCAAUCCUCGUCUUUCCGAAACUCGUGGACCCGGAGAAGGGCGUCUACGACAACGUGACGGCGAACCUGGGAGAGAUCUACGCGGUGAACGAGUUCACGCAAAAAGACGGCACCAUGCUCAACAUGAUCUCUGCCGGUCUGCGCAACACGAGGGUCACGUCGUCCUUCUCCAUCGGCGACCAGACACAGAACCUGGAGAUCAUCGACGACCUGGACGUUGGGUUUGACAUCAACUACUGCGACGACGCGCAGCAGGAGCGGCCCGCCAUGAUCGUCACGGGCGGCGUCUCGGGCAAGGAGAUGAAGCUGACCGAGGUGCAGACGCAGUACCUGCUGCGCAUCAUGAACCAGAUCCCGCGGGUGUUUGCUGGCGGCGCAGAGCAGUCGAUCGAGGAGAUCGAGACGGCCGCGCGCGGCGCCAACAACCUGCUGCCGGCUGCCGAGCACAGGUCACGUGACGCCCCGCAGCAGGGCGGCUCGCCAGAGCGGGUCAGCUUCGACGUCGACUUCAACGUGCCGAUCCUCGCUCUCACGCUGUACAACCGCACGGCCGGCUCGUGUGGGCUGGACGGAAAGUCGCUGUCGCGGUUUUCGCUCAACGACAUCGGCGUCAAGAUGGAGAUGCGCGAGAACGGCAACUUCAAGUCGGACCUCCACGUCAAGUCGUUUGUCGUGGAGGACGUGCGCGAGCACACAGACAACAAGUUCACCAACAUCAUCCCGCCGAUCUCGCCCACAGACUACCAGUUCAUGGCGUCGGUGACGUCGGAGACGAGGGACGAGCAGAAGGUGGUCAACAUCAACCUGGCGAUCGACAACCCGAAGGUGAUUCUGGCAUUGGACUAUCUGUUUUCGCUGAAGGAGUUUGCCGACUAUGCUCUGGCCGGCGACGAGCCCGGGACGUUCGAGCUGGAACGUGUCGACGACUCGGACGACGAAGAAAGCUCCGAGCCGGAACAGCGGCCGCAGCCGCAGCACGAGGCCGCUGCGGCACAGCCCGAGUCUGAGCUGGUGGUGCAGUACGCGGUCAACGUUGUCGAUCCGUCGCUGAUUAUUCUGGCAAACCCGCAGAACGCAGACUCGGAGGCCAUUGUGCUGAAGGUGAGCCAGUUCCUUGUGACGAGCCAGAACAUCCUGAACGUGAACGCGAUUGGCAUGGGCAUGUUUCUGUGCAAGAUGGAUGCGUACGAGACGAGCCGGCUGCGGGUCGUGGACGACUUCUCUGCGAGCUUCAACCUGGACUCGCGCGGGUCGACGGCGACGCAGUUCCUCAGCGUGGUCGACAUGACGAUCGACCCGCUCAUGAUGCGGAUCUCGCUCAGGGAUAUCCGUCUUGCACUGGAGAUAAUCAACAAGGCCUCGUCGAUGUACGCGAAAAUCCAGGAGGCUGCCAAGACAGAGGACCGCGCGGCGCCGGCCACAGCGUACGUCGCGUUCCCGGACGAGCUGGGCAAGAAGUUCAGCAAGUACGCGCCGUCGCUGCUGUCGUCGGUGUCGCGCAGCACGCGGCAGACGGACGGCGGCACGGACGAGCUCGUGGUGAUUGUCAAGAACGAGCGGCUGAAGCUGAACGUUUCCGGGCUGCGGCUUGUGGUCAUCGGCGACGUGCACGAGCUGCCCGUGCUGGACAUGGAGGUGAAGCCGUUUGAGCUGACGGCGAAGAACUGGUCCACGGACCUGGAGGCGGACACGAGCAUCAAGUCGCUCGUCAACAUCUUCAACUACUCGACGUCGGCGUGGGAGCCGCUGCUGGAGCCGUGGUCGUUCAGCGUGCACGUUUCGAAAGUGAGCGAGCCGUCGCCGUCGUUCACCGUGGACGUGGCGUCGCGCGAGUCGGCCGAGAUCACGGUCACGUCGCGCAGCAUCGCGCUGCUCUCGCACGUGAGCGCGCUGAUCACCGAGGACACCGACCUCAAGCCGCGCGGCGAGGACGCGCCAUACCGGAUCAUCAACGAGACGGGCCACGACCUGCACAUCUGGAUCGACGACGGCGACCCGAGCUUGCAGGAGCGGAGGCAGCUGACGGUGCUCAGGAACAACCAGACGGUGCCGUGGUCGUUCGAGGACUGGCGCAAGGUCAGAGAGACGCUCGCGGCGGACGCCGAGUCGAACUUCAUCGGCGUCGAGCUGCUGGACUCGCCGUACGCGCCGGUGCGCCGCGUCUCGCUGCGCAGCGAGGGGGAGGACGUGUUUAUGCUGAACCCGAAGCUGGCGGAGGGCUAUCAUAACCGGAUCGCGUGCGAGAUCGUGCUGGGCGAGGAUAAGGUCAAGAAGGUGUAUUUGAAGUCGACGCUGACGAUCCAGAACUUCACGCAGACGCCGAUCCGUGUGGCGUCGCUGGCACGGACGGGCGCCACGGACGACGUGCUGGACGAGCUGGUGAUCGCCGCUGGCGACCGGCAGGCGGUCCCCGUGGAGCACGUGUACAACGGCCGGCUCGCGGUCCGGCCCGAGGUGCACGAGCAGUCGUUUGGGUGGUCGUCGUCCAAGAUCAUGGGCAGCCACACGACGAUCGACUUCGACUGGCGCGGCAUCAUGAAGAACGACAUGGUGCUGGAGUGUCCGCAGCGCGAGGACGGCGUGGCGAAGCGGUACUUCUUCCGUGCACACGCCACAUUCAACGAGAAAGAAGUGCUCACCCAGAUAUAUCCGCACAUGACCAUCAACAUCACGCCGCCGCUCGAGAUCGAGAACCUGCUGCCGUUCGAUAUCACCUGGAAGGUGUUCCAGAAAGGGUUCAAGACGUGGACCGGGGGUCUGAAAAAGGGGGCCACCAAGUCGAUCCACGUGGUGGACAUGAACGCGAUCCUGAUGCUGCACAUCAAGCCGCUGCAGUCCAAGUACCGCGAGUCGGAGGCGGGGUUCAUCAACGUUCCGGACCGCUCGCGCAUCCCGCUGAGCAAACGGCUCACGCUCAAGAGCGAGGACGGCCAGCGGCUGCAUCUGGGACUGCACUACGUGAACAGCGGCCGGUCCGGGCUCAAGAUCCUGAUCUAUUCGCCGUACCUCGUGCUCAACCGGACCGGCAAGGACCUCAGUCUGAGCGACCGGUUCAACAAGAUGAUCUGCGAGGCGCACUCGCCGGACGCGCCAGAGCAGACUGUUCCCGGGCUAUUUUCGUUUGACUACGACGCUACAGACACGAAACGGUUUAUGGGCGGCAACCUGGAGGAAAACCGCGCCGUUCUGCGUGUAGGCGACUCGCAGCCCAGCACCAACAUUAGUCUGGACAAGAUCGGGCAGUCGUUCGAGGUGAAAGUGCCGUUGAAAGACCGCGAGCUCGAAAACGACGUGGGCAUCCAUAUCACCGAGGGCGAGGGAAUCUACUCGCUGACCAAGGUGAUCAGCGUUGUUCCGCGGUACGUGAUCCGCAACAGUCUGGCAGACGCGGUGCAGGUGGCCAAGGUGGGUGCUUCUGGCGUGCUGCACAUCGACCCCGGCCAGUUCAGUCCGUUGUACGAGAUGCCGCGCACGGAUGCCAAACAGCUGCAGAUCGGGUUCUCGGGCAGAAAGGCCGCGCUGUCGGCGCCGUUUGGCAUCAACGACAUGGGCGAGGUGUUCAUCCGUGUGCAGAAGCUGAACGAGAACGCGCACAAGCUGGUGCGUGUGGUGAUCAGCACGGAGGCCGCGGCCAUUUUUGUCGACAUUCUGGACGCCAAGGACAUGUGGCCGUACUCGAUCCGCAACUUCAGCGACUACGAGUUCUUCAUCUACCAGUCGGACCCGAACAUCAACGAGGAGGGCCGGCGUGUGUCGCAGGUGCCGUUCAAGCCCAUUUUCUACCGCAUCCCGCCAAAGAGCGCCAUGCCGUACGCGUGGGACUAUCCGGCCGCGCAGUACAAGGAGCUGGUUCUGCGGAGCGGCUCCCGCGAGCGGUACGUGCAUCUGGCCGAGAUCGGCACGCUCAUGCCGAUGAAAAUAGGCAAGGGCGCCGACGGCACGACCAAGAUCGUCGACCUGAACGUGGUCGCCGACGGCACGAUCCAGUCGCUCAUCAUCUCGAACUACGACCCGAAAACGAGCAUGUACCAGCUCAAGCACACCAGCUCGUCGCAAUCUGUCGUCGGGGGCACGGCCAACGCCGACAAGUUCGAGACCAUCGAGAAGGACGAAAACUACUACACCAAGGUGCUUGUGCGGUUCGAAGGCCUCGGCGUGUCGCUGAUCAACACCAAGCACCAGGAGCUCUGCUACACCACUGUGCGCGGCAUGGAGCUGCGCUACAACGAGUCCGACAUCUACCAGAACUUCAGCUUCAAGCUCAAGUGGAUCCAGAUCGACAACCAGCUGUACCCAAACAUCUACCCGAUCAUCGUGUAUCCGUCGGUUGUGCCGAAAUCCACGGCCGAGAUGAACGACCAUCCGGCGUUCUCGAUGGCGAUAUCGCGGCUCAAAGACGAAACGCACGGCGUCAACUACAUCAAGUACGCCACGAUGCUGCUGCAAGAAAUGUCGAUCGAGGUAGACGAGGACUUUUUGUUUGCGCUGCUCGAGUUUUCAAAGCUCCCCGGCGCCGCAUGGAACAAAGACGUCCAGAACGUGCUCUGGGACGAGAACUUGCAGAUCCCAGAGCCGCCAACGGUGCGCUCGGGCAACGACCUCUACUUCGAGGCUCUGCAUUUGCAACCGUUGCAGUUUAACCUCUCGUUCGUGCGCACCGAGCGCGUCAACACAGAGGACGCGGCCGAGGCCCAGAACGCGCUCGCCGUCGUCUUCAACAUCCUCACCAUGGCCAUCGGCAACAUCAACGACGCGCCCGUGCGCCUCGGCUCGCUCUUCCUCGAGAACAUCCGUACACCGCUCCCGUACCUCGUGCAGAACAUCAGCGAGCACUACCAGCAGGCGUUCCUGUACCAGGUGUACAAGGUGCUGGGGUCUGCAGACGUGCUGGGCAACCCUGUGGGGCUGUUCAACAACAUCAGCUCGGGCGUGAUGGACAUCUUCUAUGAGCCGUACCAGGGCUUCAUCAUGACGGACCGGCCGCAGGAGCUGGGCAUUGGGCUGGCCAAGGGCGGGCUGAGUUUUGUGAAGAAGUCUGUGUUUGGGUUCAGCGACAGCUUUGCGCGGUUCACGGGGUCUAUGGCCAAAGGGCUGACUGCUGCGACGAUGGACAAGAAUUUCCAGGAGCGGCGCCGGCUCAUGAGACAGCGCAACAAGCCGAAACACCCGAUCUAUGGCAUCACAUCGGGCGCGACGUCGCUUGUGGAGGGCAUUUCGAGCGGACUAACAGGAAUCGCGACGGCCCCGAUCGAGGGUGCGAACCAGGAGGGUGCGUCUGGCUUUUUCAAAGGGCUGGGCAAAGGUUUAAUAGGGCUGCCGACAAAGACGGCAACAGGGUUCUUUGACUUCGCUAACAACAUCAGCGAGGGGAUCCGCAACACGGCGACCGCGUUCGAUGCCGAGGGCCUCGACAAAGUGCGGCUGCCGCGGUUCGUCAACCCGGACGGCACGCUGACGCCGUUCAGCGAGAGAGAAGCACAGGGCCAGUUCUGGCUCAAGAGCUGCGAGGGCGGGAAGUACUUUGACGAGCGGUACCUUGCGCACGUGAUUCUGCCCGGCCAGGAGCACUGUGUGAUUGUGAGCAUGAAGCGUAUCGUCAUUGUGUCGAUCGUCAAGAUGACAGUCGAAUGGGAGAUCCUGUACGACCAGAUCGACAGCAUCACGCUGGAGAACUCGGGCAUUCGCAUCAGACAGAAACGGAUGGCCGGCGUCGAGCGGUUCAUCCCGAUCCCCGACCCGGCAGACAAAAAGUUCCUCUACAGCAAGAUUGCCGUUGCCGUGCAGGAGUUCAACAAGAGGUGUAUUAUUGCUCUAUAG